AACGGUGUGUAUAUCUGUCGGCUUAAAAAGUUUUGGAGACAACUCAUAGCAAUUUGACCACAAAUGGAUUCAAAACCAACAGUGAGGUCGACCCGAUCGGGAAGUGCUACACUGCUUCAGAUACCAUCAGAACGGUAUGGUUCGGGAAUCAAUCGAAGAAGUUCUUCGGGAAUCAAAUUCAAUGAGAUUUUAUUUGAAGAAGAGUCUGAUGUCAUCAAAAGUUGUUGUGAGAUGUCGUCCGCUGUUUUAGGUUUAAUGAAGAGUUUUUCGACGUCAGAUAUUUGUGGUCUGAACGAGACCUCGGGUGCAAUGAGUGGAGCCAUUCGCCAGAGUUCGUCGGAAGUGCUACUGUUUGGUGGUAUAAGUCGUCUGGAACUACCAAACCUUCGAAGACUAGACUAUACUUCCCGUUCGUGUUCAACGUGGGUUAAUCUCGGAGAUCCAGUUCUUUCCACAUCACAACUACCCUCACCUCAGGCACAGUCAGCCAAACAAUUAGAAUCGCCAACCAUUUCAAGCGUUGAAUUCAUCAAAUCAGUCAAUAAGAAAGUCAGACAAAUGUAUUUAAGACGAAGACUCAGAGCUAUUGGUCGACUGUAUAAUAGUUGCCAAAUCAAUGUCAAUGAGUGGUCAUCGCAAGCAACUACUUGUGAUGCCAUUAAUAAUACCAAAGAUAUGGAAUCAAUAGAAAAAAACAAAUUAUCUCUCAAUAAAACCAAAACACCAAACCUUCAAUUAUCAAGUGAUAACUCUUCUCAUAAAACUAUUUACAAAUCGUUUGAUUUAAUGAAUCUAUGCUUCCGAUCACCUGAUGGGUCCAUCAGCUUAACCGUCAAAGACAUUGAAAGACAAAAAGGAAAACCACUUUCAAAAUAUGAUCGAAAUAUAAUGAUAUUUAAUUGGCUUCAGAGUGUCAAUGAAGACAUUAUUGAACAACAAACUGAUACUUAA